AUGCCCGUCCCCAAGUCCGAAUCCGACCAGGUCGAUGGUCCAGGCAAGGCAUCUUCUACAUCUAAGAAGCUGUUCAGCCAUCAUAUGCCAGACACGGAAUUAUUUCCUUGCGAAAUCUGCGGCAAGACUUUCAACCGUAACGAUAAUCGGCGCCAACACCUAUUCCGGCAUACGCGACCCGAUAAAAGCCGAAAUGUUAGGACAAAAUUCGAUCCUAGGGCAGUUGCCAUGUACGAAGAGCAGAAGAAAUGGCAACGGAAGAGGGCGAAAAGCGCCAAGAGGGUAGAGGUGAUGAAAGUUGACUGA